UACCUCACGGCGCGGCUGUUUGCCUACAAGACCGGGACAGAAGUAUGGUGUCAGUUUGCGUAGCCGGGACUUGUUUCUUGGGAGCCGAGCCUCUUCUGGAGGCGAGGGGAGUUACAGGGUGCGGGCUUUCUCACGUGGCGCUGUCUUUCGGCGGCAAAAUAUGAAACAGGAGUUUUAAACUCUGCGGACUUGCCAUGGAAGACUCAGAAGAACAUCACUUCAGCUCCGUUGAAGAGGAAACCAGAUACUGGAAAGAGUUGGCUAUGAAAUACAAGCAAUGUGCUGAGAAUACACAGGAGGAACUGCGUGAAUUCCAAGAAGGGAGCCGAGAAUAUGAAGCUGAACUAGAAACUCAAUUGCAGCAAACAGAGUCCAGAAACAGAGACCUUCUUUCAGAAAACAAUCAUUUGCGAAUGGAACUGGAGUCCGUUAAGGAAAAGUUUGGAAUGCAGAAUUCAGAAUGGUACAGGCAAAUCUCUGCACUGGAAGAUGACUUGGCACAGACAAAAGCUAUUAAAGAUCAACUUCAGAAAUACAUUCGAGAGCUUGAGCAAGCAAAUGAUGACUUGGAAAGAACAAAAAGAGCUGCUAUAAUGUCUCUUGAGGAUUUUGAGCAGCGUCUAAACCAGGCUAUUGAAAGAAAUGCUUUUCUGGAGAGUGAACUGGAUGAAAAAGAAAACCUUCUGGUGUCCAUGCAACGUCUGAAAGAUGAAGCUAGAGAUCUACGGCAAGAACUUGCAGUACAGCAGAAACAGGAGAAACCCAAAACACCAAUGCAAACUAGCCUGGAAACAGAAAGAACAGACACUGCAGUUCAAGCAUCCUUAUCUUUGCCUUCAACUCCCUCCGUGCACCGAGCACCCAACAUCAGCGUACCCACCCCUGCGACAUUUAGGAGAGGUUUUGAGGACAGUUACUGUGCAACCCCCCUCACACCUGCUGCCAGAAUAUCUGCACUUAACAUCAUGGGAGACUUGCUGCGAAAAGUAGGGGCUUUGGAGUCCAAACUUGCCUCCUGCCGAAACUUUGUGUAUGACCAGUCUCCAGACAGAACCACAGUGUCCAUGUACAUGAACAGAGAUGUCCUUGAAACACGCAUGAGUCCUCAUCAGCCUCUGUGUGAUACAGGGUUAGUGAAACGCCUGGAGUUUGGAACAAGACCUUCAAAUAUUCCAGGACCAAUGAGUCAUCCUUCACAAAGUGUUGUUAAAAUGCUGCUAUGAAAAGGAAAAAUGAAAUCUUAUGUACAUAUAAUAUGAAUAUCAAUAGGCAACCAGACAGAAGUGUAAGAGUAGGUGAGCCCUGAAAAAGAAGCUACUACUGGUAAUGGCAUCUUAUGGCUUUGCCCUUCUGGCUUUUAUGCUGUGUUGUGUGGGUAGUGUGAUGAAGCAGUGUUGCCUAGCAGCACAGGACAUAAAAUUGCUUCCUAUGUUCAUUGCUGUGAAUAACUCCUGCUUUGACACUGCCAGUUAAAGCUCUUGUCCCUUCACCUACAUCAGGUUCCUAGUGCAACUCUAGGUUUUGGCUUUUGCAGUUAAUAAAAUCACCCAUGAUGUUCUGGCUUUCUGGUGCUGUCACCAAAGUUAGGGGAGUGGUUAUAGGUAGAGAUAGGUGUAUUUCUGUGGAGAAACUGCUCAGUUCUUUGUAGGUUGCUUGCUGGCCAGAAUCUCGCUAUGUGAAAUUCUGUCUGGUGGUGAAGCUUUGUAAGCAAUGACUUACUUUAAAGAGCAGAUAACAGUUAAGAGUUGAGGAAUGCUUAUUACUUAUGGUACUCAGGAGAUCCCAGGUGGUGGAGAAGUUUGCCCUGUAUUAGCCUGUAGAUAUACUUUUGCUAUAUUGUGGCCCAUAAAGCCUGGCUGUUGAUUUGAGUUUCUAGUUCUAACAUAUUAAUAAGUGGGUUUUACUACUUUCCAGACCUCCUUUUAUUACUGUGCCUUGGGUAUGUGUGAAUUUAUCUUUAUUUUAUCUUUGUUUCUCUUUAAUGAGAAAUGUUUCAGCUGUUACUAAUUUAGCAAUGGUUUUAGCUUGAAAAGUUCUUUCUGCUGGCCAAGUAUAUCAGAAUAGUGAGUUCUUUUUUAAGUUGGCGUGUUUCCCCUACAGAAAUACACUACAUUUUUUUUUUUUUUAAAUGAAAUG